AAAUAAAUAAAGUGGAAGGGUGCAUAGUGCCUUGUUAUCUAACGUUGCUCUCUCGCAAGAGAAGUGACAGUUGAAUUUGUAUUAUACUGAUCUUGUAAUUGUUUCACAUACCCCUCUUCGGAGCUCUGCAUCUAGCCAACAAUGGCGACACGAUAUUGGGUGGUCUCUCUUCCCGUUCAAAACUCUCAUUCCGAUUCUCUUCUGUGGAGUCGCUUGCAGGAAUCCAUCUCCAAGCAUUCCUUCGACACUCCUCUCUACAGGUUUAAUAUCCCAAAUCUCCGAGUUGGAACAUUGGAUUCUCUUCUAUCUCUCAGCGAUGAUAUUCAAAAGUCGAAUAGCUUCAUCGAAGCAGUAUCUCACAAGAUUCGGCGCCAGAUUGAAGAAUUGGAGAGGGUUUCGGGCGUGCUCAGUAGUUCAUUGACAGUUGAUGGUGUUCCUGUCGAUUCGUACCUGACUAGGUUUGUGUGGGAUGAGGCAAAGUACCCAACAAUGUCACAACUCAGGGAGAUAGUAGAUAGCAUUCAUGUACAAGUUGCAAGGAUCGAGGAUGAUCUAAAGGUUCGUGUUGCUGAGUACAGCAAUGUGCGCAGUCAACUCAAUGCCAUAAACAGAAAGCAGAGUGGAAGCUUAGCUGUUCGUGAUCUGUCUAAUUUGGUAAAGCCAGAGGACAUUAUCACGUCAGAGCAUUUAACAACCCUCCUUGCUGUUGUUCCUAAGUAUUCACAGAAGGAUUGGUUGUCAAGCUACGAGACACUCACCACUUACGUGGUUCCCAGAUCCUCGAAGAAGCUGUAUGAGGACAACGAAUAUGCUCUUUAUACUGUGACACUUUUCAGUCGUGAUGCUGACAAUUUUAGGACUAAGGCACGCGAAAGAGGUUUUCAAAUUCGUGAUUUCGAAUAUAGUUCAGAAACACAAGGAAGUCGGAAGCAGGAGUUAGAGAAACUAAUGCAAGACCAAGAUACACUUAGAAGCUCUCUUUUGCAAUGGUGCUAUGCCAGUUACGGAGAGUUGGGCAUGGACGCUGGUACGGGCUGUGAGCUCUACUUUUGCCAUGGGGAUGAGAUUUGUAAUAGAAGCCCGUUUCAGGGUCGGGGCAUUGGCGGGAUAAAGCUAUCAAUAAAUGGGAGGGGUUUUCAUCUCUUGGAUGCACUUCUGUGCUGUACGUAUCUUUGUGGAGAGCAUUUUGAGAUACGGCUUGCCUCCAUCUUUCUUGUCAGUUGUAUUGGCACCUUCUACGAAAAGUGAGAAAAAAGUUCGUUCUAUUCUAGAGGGACUAUGUGACAGUACAAACAGCACCUAUUGGAAGUCUGAAGAUGAAGGAGGGAUGGGCGGUUUGGGAGGUGAUGUGGACACUCAUCCUUAUGUCUCUUUCACCAUAAAUCUCAUCUGAGAGAAAAAUUUAUGAGUCACUGUUUAUUUUCCCGAGUUGGAUCGCAUCAGCCUGCAAAAAUAAGAAUACAUAUUUAUAUCGUUGUAUAUUAGAAUAAUUAACCCAAUUCUUUUGGCUUUAUUUAGUAUAUGCUGCUUGUGUGACUCUUUUUGAAAGGGAAUUCUGGGUUGCCAGCUCUUCAAGAAAACCGCUCUCUUUUAUUUAUAGAAGUUUAGUUUGUCUAUGGGAGUAUUUGAAAUUGUAUUGGAAUACUUUGUUUGAUGGUUUUGACUUUAUACAUUGGAUUUGGGGAGUGAAUAUUGUAUUUAUCUGA